AUGCAAGACGUUCCUGGAGAGCUGACCAUUGCCGAACCUGGAGACGCUCUCGCAUUGACCAACAACUAUCCCAUUCAUCGCCAGGCACUGCGAACCUCGGAUCUGUCAGGUAACCAUUUCGUGGAAGCCGUCAAGAUCGAGUAUCAGGGAAAGAAACGCAUUGUGUUCCCAUUUCCGGAUAUUUCUGUGAAGGCAGAAGGAAGAUUUUGUCUGAGAUACCGAAUGUGCCAUGUUCGAGCUCAGGCGUUGGGACUCGAGGCCAUCCCGGUUCUAGCAGAAUGCUACGGAGACGUGUUCAGGAUUUGGUCAGCUCGAGAAUUUCCAGGACUUGGUAGGUCUACGGACCUUACUAGGGUGAGUGCCGGAUGUUCGUUGUGGCGAACAAUACGAACGAUAUUGUCAGAACAUCGCUAUCACCACCCAUGUCGACGUGAAAGUGCGAGAGACAGACCGCAGGCGACAUAG